AUGAAUGAAUCAAUACCCAAAUACCAUGGAAAAUCCAAGCUACCCAAGAUUGAUGAAUUCAAACUAUCUACCAUACUAGAUCAAUUCCCUCAAGAAACCACUCAACUCACAAAUUCUGUCGUUAAAGUAUCUCAAAAUUUUAGGAAAGACUUGAAAAACGAGAUACGAUUAAAGUUAUCCAUUCAACAGAAACUUCAAAAUAAGAAUAUAGAGAUUCUAAAAGACAUAAAGCGAUUGAACAAGGAGCUUGAUAAGGAGAACAUUUCCAUAACAGAGAAUGACAUGGAAGGUUUGAGUAAUGAGAUAGAUUUACUUUUGGAAGUCUCAUCUGACUUAUCGAGAGAUUUCAAAAGGAUAUCAGGAAACCUUAAAAGAAUAGGUGAGAAGGUAGGUGUACCACCUCCUGAAGCAUUGGAAGGUUAUUUCAAUCCUCAUAAAACUGUCCCAGUUAGUACGGACAUUAUAGAGGUGAAUGAAGAAGCACAAGAAAGAGAGGAAGAAACCAUUGUGGAAGAUUACCCCAAAAAAUCAGUUCCUAUGCUACCGCAAGAGAACGAAGAAGAGGUAUUCAUAGAAGAAAGUUACAAAGAAGGAAACUCAAAAGAAAUAGAGGAUAUCGAGGAAAUGACAAGUACGGACUUUGAACAGUUCAUGUAUAAGACAUUGAAUAAUUACCGAUCAACUCAGAAUAAAAAAUACACUGAAGAUAUUUUCAAAACCAUUGAGAAGGUCAAGUCAAAGUCUGUCAAUCACAAGAUUGUUCAAGAGAUAGAAAGAGAAUUGGACGAAGAAGACUUACAACAAUUGUUUAAUCAACCACAUUUUGAUAAUUCAUUAUCCUCAUCAUUCCAUAAAUCUCAAAAUCCUAUCGACCUUUUGACUACCUCGCUUAAAACGCCUCCUAUUGUUGAUAGAACCCUUCAUACAUCACAUUUCAAGAAAUUACGGAUCAGUUCUCCUAUAGCGACUGAAGAGCAACUACAUUACGUCAGUACAGAAGCCAGUAGCGAAAGUUCUUCGGAUUCAGACUCCAGUGCACCUAGAACUGUAGUAGAUGAAUAUUAUAGAAACUUCCGGAAAUCCUUGAGUAAAAGAAAACGGUAUUUGAUAAACACCAAUCCGAAGCAUCAACCAAAUCACCAUAGCUUGAAACCAAAAGCAUCAAUCCUCAAAACUUAUGCCAAACCUAAGAUCUGUCAUUCCAACGUUAAAUUUGAACCAUGUGAAAACUCCGAUGAUCAUCAUCACUAUGAAUCGACCUCUAUCAAUGAAAUGACAGAUAAGCAAGACUAUUACGAUGGAGAAAUCAGAAAAUUAAGUCCCGAAUCAGGUUCUCCUUUCAAAAGUCCAGCCAGUAGUCCAAGACUCGAACCUGAAUUACUGGACCUGACUAUUGAUCUGGACGAUUUGGAUCUGGACGAUUUGAAUAUCAACCAAUCAAGCGAUGAAGACGAUGGUCUGUUAUCAGAGAAUAUUUCAGAUCUGACUCUGGAAGAUAGUCUGGAAAUAAGUCUGGGAGGAAUUGAUCUGACAGAAAUUGAUCUGACAGAUGACUUCGAUAAUCACGUGGAUUCUGAUCUGGAUGAUGAUGGUUAUUAUCAAGAGCCUUCAACCACAACCUAUUCCAUCAAUAGAAUGCCUCAACCAGUAGAUAACACUCCAACCAAAGAGGAUGUUAGUGUACAAUAUGUAAAUGGUAUUAUAAUUGAAGAAAAUUCAAUCAAUAAAUUAAAAUCUGUAGUAUAA